CCAUUUAGCACCGUUGUGUCCAGAUUGUCCAGCUGUUUGAUUUGGGCACUGAAUGAACUCUACUUUAUUCAGAGGAAACGGUGACACUGUUGAAACUUGUAGGCUGCCACAGACCCACUGAUUUUUUGUGGACUGUCUGUGAAACAAAUGUAGUAUUUCUUCUUUGGGUUUUUUGGAGUUUUUUUAAAAAUAUAUAUAUAUAUUCAAAGCCACUCAGUCCGAUUUUGUGAUGUUUGCACUGUGUUAACGUCCCUCAGAGACUUUAUCUGCAGAGCUCAUCUGUCCCUGUUCAAGAGCUCCUGCUAAGUCAUCGUAUCUGUAAAACCUCUUGAGUUUAAAGAGGAGAUUUGCAAAGAACAAUGCCGCCAGCCGUCGGUGGUCCUCAAGGUUACACACCACCUGAGGGUGGCUGGGGAUGGAUGGUGGUGAUUGGAGCCUUCAUCUCUAUUGGUUUCUCCUAUGCAUUUCCCAAGUCCAUCACUGUCUUCUUCAAAGAGAUUGAGGUGAUCUUCAAUGUGACAAGUAGCCAGGUGUCCUGGAUCUCCUCCAUCAUGUUAGCCGUCACGUACGGCGGAGGUCCAAUCAGCAGCAUCCUGGUUAACAAAUAUGGGAGUCGUCCUGUUAUGAUGGCUGGAGGAUGCCUGUCAGGAUUGGGCCUCAUUGCUGCAUCUUUCUGUGAAUCUGUUCAAGCACUCUACUUUUGCAUUGGUGUUCUGGGAGGUCUGGGAUUGUCCUUGAACCUUAACCCUGCCCUCACAAUGAUUGGAAAGUACUUCUACAAGAAGCGACCUAUUGCUAAUGGGAUUGCCAUGGCUGGCAGUCCUGUCUUCCUUUCUACCCUGGCUCCUAUUAAUACUUGGCUCUUUGAUCAGUUUGGCUGGAGAGGAAGUUUUCUGAUCCUGGGUGGCCUGCUUUUCAACUGCUGUGUUGCAGGUUCCCUCAUGCGGCCUAUAGGACCAAAACCCAAACCUGCAGAGAAGACCACAGAGAGGAAGACUGUGUUGCAGACCAUUAACAGCUUUAUCGACCUCACUUUGUUCAAGCACCGUGGCUUUUUGCUCUACAUAGUGGGCAAUGUUGUCAUGUUUUUUGGCCUCUUUGCACCACUGGUGUUCCUCUCUAAUUAUGCCAAGAGUAAAGACAUUGCCAGAGAGAAGGCAGCUUUUUUACUGUCUAUCCUCGCUUUUGUUGACAUGUUUGCCCGACCCUCAAUGGGCAUGGUAGCCAAUACCAAGUGGGUCCGUCCCAGGAUACAGUACUUCUUUGCUGCUUCAGUACUGUACAACGGCGUGUGUCAUGUCCUAGCCCCAAUAUCAGAAGAUUAUACAGGCUUUACCAUUUAUGCCAUCUUCUUUGGGUUUGCUUUCGGCUGGCUGAGUGCAGUCCUGUUCGAGACGUUAAUGGACCUAGUCGGAGCUCAGCGUUUCUCCAGUGCUGUUGGGCUUGUCACUAUUGUUGAGUGCGGUCCUGUAUUAUUAGGUCCCCCGUUACUUGGGAAGUUCAAAGACGUCUACCAUGAUUACAAGUACACCUACCAGGGCUGUGGGAUCAUCCUCAUAGUUGCUAGUGUCUUCCUGUUUGCAGGAAUGGGGCUGAACUAUCGGCUGCUGGACAAAGAGAAAAAAAAGGAGGAGAGGAGGGGAGGGGUGGGAGUUGGAGAACAAAAGUCCAACAGGGACAAUGCUGCCAAAGAGGUGGCAGAAGCUAGGAAUACAGAGGACACUGUAUAAAGUCCUGCAUCAAGUCAAUUUACAACAUGGGUCAAUUUAUUGUUCUUAGUGAGCUAAUUUUUCAUCAAAAGAAACAUGCUUUUUCAACAGGCAACAAUAGCAUUAAUUCCUCAUCAGUUUGAUUAUGCAUUGUUUUUGAAGCCCACCAUAGAACUCAUAGCCACAGAUAUUAAAGUCCUUUAAACACAAAUACACAAUCCUCAUUAAAUAUAUACCUCUUAUAUUUGUACUUAAACCUCAUAAAUAUAUAUAAAUAAGCAAUUUAAUUUUACUUAAUUUACUUCUGUCUUAUUGGUAUUAUCAUUAUAACAUUUUUUAUAACUUUAUUUCCUUUAGCAUGUUAACCUUCUGAAAUGUACAAUCACAUAAUGAAAGUGUUUUGCUCUUGUUUGUUUGUUGUUACCAGUAGAAAACUUUGUUUUUAAGAGACACUUGCUCUUUUCUCACUUCUCUCUCACGACAUUUAUAAAGACAGUAUAAGAUUUCCAAGCACAUCACAGCAAAGUGCAAUUUUUUUUAACUUUUAGAAGUAUCACCCAUGCCACUUUGUUUAUUCUAUGAGCACAUUCAUUCUCAUUCUAAAUUCUUUUAAAUGUUAUUUUUUCUGGUUCAUUGUUGAUAAUGCAUUAUGCCAAUUAUAAAAUAAUUCUAACAUUUAGCUGUUUGCCUUAUGAUGGUAAACAUGCCACUGACUGCAAAAAAAGGAAUUUUGUGAAAAAGUCAAAUAAAAGGCUGUUUAACAAGGAUGUAAUA